AUGGCAUUAACCACGUCUACUGCCCACUCCCGAGCUCGAUUCUCCUACCUUGCGCUCCAUUCGAUUCGUCGGAGCUUCUCAGUUUCGGCAUCGAAGUCUACCCAGUUUCACAGAUCAGAUUUUACAAACCAGCCGUAUACAAAUAGCUAUGAGACAGGGAUACCUACGCCGGGACCCUUGGGGUUGACACCUUCGUUCGGUGUUCCUCGAGUCACUCCGAAGGUGCUGAAGCAGCACUUAGACAACUUCGUCGUUGGACAGGAUCGUGCCAAGCGCGUGUUGAGUGUGGCAGUUUAUAACCAUUACCAGAGAGUUCAGGAACUACAAAGGAGGCUAGAAGAACAUGAAGAACUCCUUGCUCAGAGGGCACGGAGGGAGUCGAUGGAGAGUCAUCCAGUAGAAGAUGAAUUCCCAGGUCAGCAGCGGACUAUACAUCUUUCCGCCCCAAGGAGAUAUUAUGAUGACAAUUUACCUUCAGAACAAGACCCUCUUGUUGAUUCAUCCAUUAACAUGCUGGAGAAAUCCAACAUACUCUUACUAGGACCUUCUGGUGUGGGCAAAACAUUGAUGGCAAAGACACUCGCCCGUGUCCUUUCAGUGCCGUUCAGUAUGUCUGACUGUACACCGUUUACCCAGGCGGGGUAUAUUGGCGAAGAUGCCGAUGUAUGCGUUCACCGCCUCCUUGCAGCGGCGAACUAUGAUGUGGAACAAGCCGAACGAGGUAUUAUCUGUCUUGAUGAAAUUGACAAGAUUGCCACUGCAAAGGUUAGUCACGGCAAAGAUGUAAGCGGGGAAGGAGUUCAACAGGCAUUGUUGAAAAUCAUCGAGGGUACAACUAUCCAGAUUCAAGCAAAACCCGAGCGAAACGCCUCGCGCCCUAGCCCUGGAGGUAGUGGCUCCUCGGGUGGGACCUCAUAUAAUUCAACCUCGGGUCCUUCCGGAAAGGCAGAAGUGUACAACAUUCGAACAGAUAACAUACUCUUCAUAUUUUCUGGAGCAUUCGUUGGCCUACAAAAGGUCAUCAUGGACAGAAUAUCACGAGGGUCAAUUGGCUUCGGACAACCAAUUCGAGCCUCGUCAUUUCAAAAUGAUUCAACGCAAACGAAGAACAACGCACCUAUUCCGAUACUUCCUGGGUCGCAUGAAGAAGCCCUGUAUAAGAAGUAUCUUCCCUUUUUCACACCAACGCAAACACCAACGGCACCUGAUGAAGAGCCUGUAUAUUUUAACCCUCUCGAUCUUGUUACACCAAGUGACCUUCAGGCAUAUGGUUUUAUCCCAGAAUUAAUUGGUCGUAUCCCCAUCACCUCUGCGCUAUCCCCAUUAUCCCAUUCCCUCCUCCUCCGAAUCCUCACCGAACCACGCAAUUCGUUAGUAAACCAAUAUACCACACUUUUUGCCCUUUCUGGAAUAGAACUACGCUUCACCACCGCCGCUCUCCAUAAAGUUGCGGCUAAUGCAUUCGCGAUGUCCACAGGAGCUCGCGCCUUACGAACAGAGAUGGAAUCGAUUCUGGCUGAUGCAAUGUUCGAAGCACCGGGAUCAAGCGUGAAGUUUGUCCUUGUCACCGAAGCCGUUGCAGCGCGGAAGGAGAAAGCCGUGUAUCUCUCUCGUGGCCAGAGCGGGAAAUUCCAUGCGCUCAUUGCUGCAGAGGAGGGUGAGUGGGAGGAGCGGAUGAAAAGAGAGAGAGACGCCCCGAAAGAAGGCAGAGUCCGAAAUCAACCGCAUAGUUUUGAGGAGUGGCGGUCACGCUCAACUGCUGGUUCGGUUGCAGGGGCAUCUUAA